CCGGUUUAGAAACAGUCAGGUCGGGAUCCGGGUUGGAGUAAAGACGUGGUCAUAUGUUUAUUUCUUUUUGAAAACUUCCGGGUAUUUCUGGUGACGUUUGAAACCUUAACACAACACAUUUCCUCUUAACACAAACCAGUGUGACGAUUACCCACGUCAGUAACGUGACGGCUAAGACAGUAGAUCUAAUUUAGUAACUCCACUGAGUCUGACAACAUUCACAUUGCUGUCAUUGGUUGCGCCAGAGAAACCCAAAAGCGUGCUUUCUACAUUUUAAUUUUAAUGCAGCAUACGUAGUGUGUGUAUUAUCCAUUUCUAUCCACAUGUUUCGUCAGUUCGGUGGGAAGAGAAACUGUAAAUAUGUGUAUUCCAUACUGUUGAUACUACAGGUAGCUCGAAGUGUUUACUGUGAUGUGUUCAUACACCAUUUUGCAGUUCAUGUUGAAGGGGGACAUUCUAAAGCCAGCAGAGUGGCACGUUCUGUGGGUCUACACAACAAGGGACAGAUUGGAAGUCUAGAUGACCACUACUUGUUUGAGAUUCCUAACCGUGCCAAACGAUCAAACUCACCAAGUUUGGAACAUGACGACUUGCUUCACAAUCACCCGGAGGUUAUAUGGCAUGAACAGCAAGUUAGUAUAAAACGGGUAAAGCGAGACUUUCAAAAUACAGACACCAGUAAUCCAUUACAUUUUAUUGAUCCACAGUAUAAAGACCAGUGGUAUUUGCAUGGUGGCGCCACUGGUGGAUUUGACAUGAAUGUAAUCCCGGCAUGGAAGAAAGGUUUUUCAGGAAAAAAUGUUGUCAUUACAAUUCUUGAUGACGGAAUCGAGCGCACGCACACAGAUCUGAUAGAAAACUAUGAUCCUUAUGCCAGUUAUGAUGUGAAUAACCAUGACAAUGAUCCUCUGCCAAGAUAUGAUCCUUCAAAUGAGAAUAGACACGGCACGCGGUGUGCGGGUGAAGUGGCCGCCGCGAUGAACAACACCAAGUGUGGCGUGGGCGUCGCCUUCAAAGCAAGGAUCGGAGGUGUGAAGAUGCUGGAUGGUGAGGUGUAUGAUGCGGUGGAAGCGAACUCGCUCAGUUUUAACCGGUCUCACAUCGACAUCUACUCGGCAAGCUGGGGACCGGACGAUGACGGUCGGGUGGUCGAUGGGCCUGGCAAGCUUGCCAAGAAAGCUUUCCUUGAGGGGAUUCAGAAAGGCCGAGGUGGAAAAGGCUCCAUCUUUGUGUGGGCAUCUGGCAAUGGUGGCGCCGCUAAAGACUCGUGUAAUUGCGACGGUUACACGGACAGCAUCUACACCCUGUCAAUCAGCAGCACGUCGGAACAUGGCACCAAGCCCUGGUACCUGGAGGAGUGCAGUUCAACCCUCGCCACCACCUACAGCAGUGGGGCCUAUAACGAGAGACAGAUCACAACUGUUGACUUGCACAACCGAUGUACGAGCUCUCACACCGGGACCUCAGCCUCGGCCCCUCUUGCAGCUGGACUUGUCGCUCUCAUGUUGGAAGCCAACCCUCAGCUGACGUGGCGUGACGUGCAGUACAUCACAAUGCUGGCCGCUAACCCAAAUCCUAUGACUGACGGAGAGUGGGUCAUCAAUGGUUUGGGAAGGAAAGUAAGUCUGCGAUACGGUUAUGGACUGAUGGAUGCUAGUAAAAUGGUGGACUUGGCUCUGCAAUGGACUAAUGUUCCUGCACAACAUUUAUGUGAAAUUCGAUCCGCUGUGAACAAUGUUAACCUGGAUGGGACCAAGUAUACAACAUUUAUAAAAACCGAUGGCUGCAGUGGGGACCGGAAGGUGAACUACAUUGAGCACGUCCAGGCACAGAUAACUCUGAGCUAUCAUCGCCGUGGCGACGUAGUCCUUUACCUCACCUCCCCGAUGGGCACAAGAUCGAAGAUUCUCCCACGAAGACCAAAUGAUAUGAAUGCAGGCGCUUUCACGAACUGGCAUUUCUUGUCGGUCCACUUCUGGGGGGAGCGUCCCGAGGGGACCUGGAUCCUCGAUAUUGAGGAUGGUAAACGCUUUAUGGGAAGCUCUGCAGGUAUGACACCCUGGGGUUUCGUUAACCCCCGCACUGGUGCUCCUUUCUACCCACCGGCCACCUCUUUGUUUGGCAAGUUGAUCACGUGGUCUCUGAUAAUAUAUGGGACAGCUGAGAAACCGAUUAAUUUGGUGACUACGGCUCCACAGUCUGUGCCACCUCCGUCGAUGCACAUCACUUCCAACAUUUCUUCAGGAUCCAGCACGCAACCUACCAGACAGAACUGUCACCCAGAGUGUGUUGGUGGGUGUACAGGUCCCAAACCCGAACAGUGCAUCGCAUGUAAACACUACAGAAAUGCUUUUGGUGUGUGUGUUGAUCACUGCCCCGACUCGUUCUACAAUGCUGGUGACAACUGCCAGCCGUGUGACGCCACCUGUAAGCAGUGCAAGGGACCAACGUCGACCAACUGUCUCCAGUGUCCAGUCAACAAGCUGUUCGUCCAGCAGCAAGGCCGGUGUGUGGAGGCCUGCAUAGAGGGAACAUUUCAAACUAAAGAGGUUUGUCUUCCGUGUUCCGAGAUGUGCAGAACAUGUUCCACUGCGCCGAACAACUGCAUCGCGUGUUACAAGGACUACGUGAAGAAGGGCCACAUCUGUGUGAAGAAGGCGGAGAGCCUGAAGAAGCAGAAACUACAUGACAGACCUCUGGAGAAGGAAGUUAAAAUCAUUAUAAUAGUCAUCUCGUUCUUCCUGGUCAUAGUCUUACUGGUGACCGGGCUGCUGUACCUUCGCUUCAAUAACAUGUGGUGCUGGUCGACCAAGUACAGCAAGCUGCCCUGCAGUGACAAUGAGAUAGCCGUUAUUUUAACAGAAACAGAUUUUAAUGACGAAGAUGAGUUGACAUAAAAAAAAAAAAAAAUCUGUUUUUUUUCUAAUUAUUUUUUUGUUGUUAUUGAAUUCUGAUAUAAAAAAAUUAAAUUAUUUACAAAGCACAAAUUUUCAAGUGAUAUGGUUUAGUUGUUUUGGGGUUGGUUUCAAAAAAAAAAAAAAAAAAAAAUUAAUACUAAUUUCAUAAAGGCACUGUCCUGAAGUUUGUAGCCAGCGUAACAUGUUUUUGGCCAAUAAACCUUUUCCAGUUAUUAAACUGAGAGAUUAUUACCCUCAUGUGUUUUGGUAUUAUCAGUAUCAUAUAUUUGAAACAAAAAAUGAAGGCUUGCAUAAUUCAGUUUUUAUUCCCAAUAUAAGAUAUUGAUCGUACUGAAGCAGACAAGGGUAAUAACCUCUGUAUAUAUUUCAAACAUGUUAUAGGUUUUAUUACUGAGGUGUAUUAUGUUAGUAGAUUAAUUCACUGUCUGAUUUAAUGGCUACAAACUCAGGAAACAUGUAUUCCUUUUACAUUUCAAGUGAUAAGUGUUCAAAGUUACUUUCAAAAUGUAAAUAUACCCAUUUAUUAAGUGCCAAUCACUUUAAAGGUGCAGACCCUAGUUUUAACCUGUAAAAAAUGGACACUAAUUUUAGUUAAUUUACAAAUCUGUAUCUCAUUUAGGUAAAGUUACGACAGAGUGAAAAAAGAGAGAGUGACGUUAAAAUGGAAAAUAUCUUUAAAAAUAAACUAGAACUUGAAUCAAUAAACCGCUACUUCUCAGACGCAUAUGCGUUUUUUUAAAAUAUAAAAAAUGCAAUUUUUGGUACUACGAACACCAGGAUGACCAGAA